AUUUCUGUGAGUUUUCCCCUAAAAAGAAAGCACGAGUCUCUCUAUCUAGCUAGCUCUGUGCCUCCCUCCGCCGCACCAUAAAUAAAAGCACGCCUGCCAUCUUUCUCUUCUCUCCUAGCCCCAUCUCUUCUUCCUCCUUCAGUAAAGAAUCGCAAAAUUGGGCCAGCAAUCUCCGACCAAAUCUCUCCGCGGCCGGUGCUUCUGGUUACCGAAUGCAACAAUUGUAAUGGAGUUGAACCCACCACCUAAUCCAUUAAACCCACCACUUCUAUAAAGUACAAACCCUAUCCCUCCCUCUUCGAUUGCGGGGUUAAAACAAAAACCCAACAAAAAAGAGAAGCUUCCCGACUUUGGGAAACGUUUUUCUCUCGACCUUGGAAAUGUCAGUUAUGGAAAUGCCCCACCACCUCGAUCUAGAACAGGGGACAGGCCUCCACCACCUCCGGCGCGGCAGCUCAAUUGCCGGGAGCGACGACCUCAGCUGUUUCUCCGACGCGGAGGACGGCGGUUCAACCUACUCCCAGUUCUACUCCACCACCGCCGGCUCCAACUAUGGCGAUUACGGCUUCGCUUGCGGCUCCGACGGCGAAGGUUUCGUUUCGGAUUCCAGGCGGGUGUCUUGUGUGUCGGAGCAGUCGGUGGCGGUGGAGAUUGGGAGCGGGGCGGCGGCGGAGGGAAAGGUGCAUUAUGUGGACGAGAGUAAAGCGGAGGUAGACUGCCGGAUUUGCCAUCUGGGUCUGGAGAGCAACAGCCAGGAAUCGGGAAUUCCGAUUGAGUUAGGUUGCUCAUGCAAAGCCGAUUUGGCCGCCGCCCACAAGCACUGCGCCGAAACUUGGUUCAAGAUUAAGGGCAACAAGCGCUCCGCUCAUUGAAUGGCAGAUUUGCUCUGAUCAUCAUCUGGGUCGGGAAAUGAAAUGCUCUGUUUUGCUUUCUUAAACUUGUGGGCGAAUUCUGGGAAUGUGGAACUGGUGCUGGGGUAAAGUUGAGAAAGAUUGUGACUAAAACAAGUUUGGGGUGAAAAUGAAAUGGGAGUAAAGAAGGACGUGUAAAGCAAAAGAAAGAGCAUUAUAAUGGAGAUCAUAUGCACACUAAUUCGUUGAAUGAGAUAGACUAUCACGUACCAUUGCGUCUAUCUCCUCCAGCAUGAUGUAUAGCUUAAUUCAUAUGCUGAUACUCUAUUUUGCCUAGAAUAUGAUCGUAUGCAACACUUGGACCGACAAGUUCUUGCUGAAAUGAUUUGUGUGCUUUUUCUUUUAAUAUGCCUUUGGCCACAUUUUGCGGGGUUGUUUGGGAAUCUUAGCAGUGCGCCUUCAUAUAAUGAUUCUCCUUUACCUGACUCUUUUGUGAAAGUGGAGAAAUUGAUUGAAUCGACCCCUCUUUCACUGACGAGUGCAUUUCCCUUUUAUUUUGCCUCCCUCCCUUUCCAGUUUUUCCAUCAACUUUCCUUCAAUUAAUGAAACUUUACACAUAUUAGAUAUUCCGGAUUUGUUCUGCACAUCCGACAUCUUCAAUGAUAAGCCACAAUUUGACUUAUUUCGUGCAAUCCACGGCAGCAGAAAAGGAGAAAGGGUUGAAUUUGAGCAUCUUCUUAAUCAUAAUGUCGGAACUGCGCUGUAGUAACUCUGGGAUGGUGAUUUCAUUUCUCAGGACAUGCGAGAUUUGCAACUCGGUGGCCAAGAACGUCGUGGGAAUAACGGAGGCCGAGUCUGUAGUUGUUGAUCACUCGACCGAGUCGAACGCCAACAAUUCGUCAGUAACAGCGGUGGCUGCAACAUCGUCGGCUCAGCAUUCGGAUACGAGUCGCAACUUUUGGCAGGGGCAUAGGUUCCUCAACUUCCUGCUUGCUUGUAUGGUGUUUGCAUUUGUCAUCUCCUGGCUUUUUCACUUCAAUGUGCCAUCUUCGUAGAUACAAGGAAAUAGAAGAUGGAGAGGAUUUGUUGCGCAGCAGAGAUUCUGCUGCUAUGCGAGGUGGUUCAGCAAGCUCUAUUAGUCA